AUGCAACUCUUCAGUGUGUUCAAGCUCGUCGCCAUUGUGGCUCUCAGCGCCCCCGGGCUAGCUAAGCCAAUCGAUAUCCCCGACGAGACCAGCCUUACUGCCCGCGACGUCGACCUCGCACAGGGAGGCGUCGCUCAAGUUCACGAAGCCGUGAGCAGGGGUUCCAUAGAUGAUGCCCAGCAAGAAGGAGAGGGGAAGAAGCCCGAAGUCGUGGCCCGCGAUGUCAAACCCAGCACCAGCAGCAGUAGCACCCCGGCCCCCGCCCAGCACGAGAAACACGUCCCCCGUGGCUUGCUCAGUAUUGCCAGCAAGGUCCCAGGACCCUGGGGCCUUGCGCUCAAGGGCGGUAUGCUCCUCAAGAAAACCAUUUCGCUUGGGUCGCGAUUCACAAGGACCGCAAGAGUCGCAAACGUCGCGAAGGCCGGAAGGCUAUCCAGGGUAGCUUCUUCCAUGCGCGGAGGAAGACUAUUGCGCACACAGGCGAUGCGCACACCAAUGAAUCUCGGGAUUAUGCGAGGAGGGGUACAAGGCGGACGCACGGCAUCCGGAGCAAUGAUGCGCUCAGGAUCCAUGAUGCGCGGUGGAUCAAUGAUGCAGUCAGGAGCAAUGACGCGUGCAGGAUCGAUGCGCAAACCACUUAUGCGCCAAGGCAGUAUACGCCCGCAGACGGCCGCCCCGGGUUUCGCCGGGCAGAGAUUAGGUCAGGGAGCAGCGGGCUCCGCGGCGGGAUUAGGGCAGGGCGCGGGUGGGCAACUAUCGGCUGGUGCGGCGGGAGGAGGCUUCCUGGGCGGGGCUGCCGCAGGAGCCGCCGUCGCCGAGAGCAUGGGUAUCGGGCUCCACACCAACACCGGACGCUGCCACUGCAUACCCAUAGGGCGUAGGGACCUCGAGAGUCUCGUGCGCCGUCAGGAGGAGGGCGAACAACAAGAAGGACAGUGCCCGCCUUGUCCCCAGGGCCAAAUUAGCUUUUCCGCAGCCCAGGGUGAACAGGGUGGCGGCACGUUCCAACAUGGUCAACAUAGGUUCUCCUUUGGGAACCAAUGA